AUGGUUCCUGUUCUUCUUGAUUUUGGCCGCGGAAUCGUCCAUUUCUUCGAUCUUCGCCAUUCGUUCGAAUUGCAGCUUCAGACAUGGAAGUCAUUCUCGCUUAUGGUGCGCCGAUUCGGAACCCUCAUCCUCAACUCGCUCUCACACUCCCGAACACGCUCUUUCUCCUCCGUUUCUGCCACCGUUGUUAUUCCUGCGCCCACUACAUUACCACCACCACCAAUCACUGAAUCCACACUCCUUCAAGCAGUUGAAUCUUCUCAGCGGCAUUUCAUCGAACACCUUUCCCCACACCUCACCCCUUCCAUUCUCCCCUCAGUUCUCACCUCCUUCGACCUCACCACUCGAUGCCUCGCCUUCUGCAUCCCCUACUGCCUCCCAUCCCCCAAACCCUCCGUCAACCACCACCUCCUCCACCCCCUCAUUCUCACUGCCGCCGCCAACCUAGAGUCCAUUCUCAACGAACUCGCACGUGCCCGGGAGCGUCUCAACAUCGAAACCACCAGCGUGUUUGAUGCUCUCAUCAGGGUUUAUUGUGAACUCAAGAAGCCCGAUGAGGCUCUGGAAUGCUUCAACUUGAUGAAGCAAAAAGGGGUUCUGCCAAACAUUGAAACUUGCAAUGACAUGUUGAUGUUGUUCCUCAAGUUGAAUAAAACCAAGGCUGGGAAGUUUAUUCAGCACAUGGAAACUCUUGGGGCAGAGCCUGCUAUUUAUAAUUAUAACACACUCAUACACGACGGAGAGAAGUUCGAAGCAGCUUGUGUGAUGUUUCAACAUAUGACAUAUCAUGGACUUGGUCUAAGUUCUUACAGCGAUAAUUCUUACAUUUUUGUGAUGUGUAAAGAAGGAAGGCUUGAGGAAGCAUCUGAUUUAUUUCCUGAGAUGAUAGAGUCAGAGUCAGGAUUGGUGCCACAUGCUGUAAUAUAUGAUGCCUUGAUUCAUAAGUACUGCAGGAAAGCGAUUACGAUUGAAGGGGGUAUGGAUGAUUUAUAUAAGGCUAUUGAAUACAAAGAUGAGAUGAUAAGCAGAGGGAUAGAACCAACUCGUGUCACUUACACUAUGUUGGGUGAGGCAUGGUUCGAGGUAGGGAACGCUUGCGAAGGUGGGGAGGUGGGGAUAUGA